AUGCAAUCACAGGUGACAAGGCCUGGCAUAGAGCUCCGCUUCCCACCGUUGCAUUGUGUCCAAUCAGAUGCGGAGGUUGCCCAUGACGUCAGGAAAUGCAGGGACUAUAAAUGGGCCAGCGCCUCUCAAAAGCCACCAUUGCCCUUCCUUCCAAACUGUCGGGAAGGUGAGCCCCACAUGGCUGAGCCUGGCUGUGAGCCCUCUUCUGAGGAAAGCCUGGGCACGGAGGAGCCCUCGGCAGCCGACCCGAAGAGCCCGAAGCAGAAGCAGCCGAGGCGCCAAUGCCGCCGCCGCCCAGACAGUUUCACAAUCUACUUCCCCAGGGUUCUGAAGCAGGUGCACGAGGGCCUGAGCCUCUCGAAGAAGGCCGUGAGCGUGAUAGAUUCUUUCGUUAAGGACAUCUUCGAGCGCAUCGCCGACGAGGCCGCUCGUCUGGCUCGCUCCACCAAGGGCUCCAACAAGCACUCCACCAUCAGCUCUGGGGAGAUCCAGACAGCCGUGCGCCUGCUGCUGCCCGGGGAGAUCGGCAAGCACGCCGUGUCCGAGGCCACCAAGGCCAUCAUCAGGUACACCUCUAAUUCAUUCACUCAACAAAAUUCAUCCUAUCUACUGUAUUUCUGGAAUAGAAACUGCAAAUAUGUCUAUGAGAAGCACUCCACCAUCACCUCCAGAGAGAUCCAGACAGCCGUCCACCUGCUGCUGCCCGGGGAGAUUGGCAAGCAUGCCAUGUCUGAGGCCACCGAGGCCGUCAUCAGUGCUGGCUUGCCGGUGACAUCAGGAAAUGCAGCGGCUAUAAAUGGGCCCUCGCCCCGUCAACCGCCGCCAGUGUCCGUCCUUCUGAGCUGUAAGGAGGACGAGCCCCACAUGGCUGAGCCUGGCUGUGAGACCUCUUCCGAGGAAAGCCUGGGCACGGAGGAGCCCUCGGCAGCCAACCCGAAGAGCCCGAAGCAGAAGCAGAAGCAGCCGAGGCGCCAAUGCCGCCGCCGCUGCCGCCGCUGCCCCAACAGUUUCGCCACCUACUUCCCCAGGGUUCUGAAGCAGGUGCACGAGGGCCUGAGCCUCUCGAAGAAGGCCGUGAGUGUGAUGGAUUCGUUCCUUAAGGACAUCUUCGAGCACAUCGCUGACGAGGCCGCUCACCUGGCUCGCUCCACCAAGGGCUCCAACAACCACUCCACCAUCAGCUCCAGGGAGAUCCAGACAGCCGUGCGCCUGCUGCUGCCCGGGGAGAUCGGCAAGCACACCGUGUCCAAGGCCACCAAGGCCGUCAUCAGGUUCCAGAGAUGCGAAUGA